AUGUCCACGACAAGAACAGUUAAAUGUGGAAUACCCCAAGGUUCUAAUCUUGGGCCACUUCUUUUCUUAUUAUAUAUAAACGACCUGUCCAACUGCCUGACCUCAUCUUCAGCAAGCAUGUUUGCCGAUGACACAAAUGUUUCAACCAAUGGCAAAACAAAUGACGAACUACAAGAACGCAUUAACGUGGACUUAGAAAAUAUACACCAAUGGUUACUUGCAAACAAACUUACACUUAACAAAGAUAAAACUGAAUACAUGAUUAUUGGUUCAAGACAACGGAUUUCAAACUUAGUUCUAACGGACCCUAAAAUUGAACUUGGCGAAUCAGUCAUUAAACGGGUUCACAAAUCAAAAACUUUAGGCGUAAUUAUUGAUGAACAUCUUUUAUGGAAUCAUCAAAUCCAAAAUAUUGUCACAAAAGCUUCAAAAGGAAUAGGAAUGAUGCGACGAAUAAAACA